AUGCCGUUAAAGUCGUGGUCGGUCACGUGUAUCGAGUUCGAGGAGGGCGACCUCUUUUCGUUCGUGGUGGCCUUCUCGCAGUUGGCCCCCGUGUUCGUGUGCGUGAGCCUCGCCACCCUGUGCGCCUUCCAGCGCGACCUCCGCGUGGCCGUCUUUUUCGUGGGCCAGCUGUUCGAUGCGGCCUUCAACCAGGUCGUCAAGCGCAUCAUCAAGCAGCCGCGCCCUCACGGCAUCACCAAUGCCUCACUGCGGACUGACUACGGCAUGCCGUCGAAUCACUCCGAGUUCAUCCUCUUCUUCUCGACCUACGCGGCGCUGGUUGUCCUUUUCCGGUGUAAGUUCCAGCACAAGCUCUGGAAGGCACCGCUCGUCGUGGGACUGUAUCUGAUCGCGCUCGUGGUGGCCUACUCCAGGUUGCUGUUUACUCACCACACGCUGGAGCAAGUCGUGGUGGGCGCCAUUGUGGGCUUCUUCAUGGCCAUUCUCUGGUUUGCGCUGGACACGUACGUGUUCGGACCUUACGUGUACCCCGUCAUCGAGGAGUGGUCGCUCGCCAAGUACUUCUACAUCAAGGACUCCUGCAAGGUCGACAACCUGCUUAAGUGGGAAUGGGAAGAGUGCCGCAAGCGUGGAGGAGCUCACAAGAAGACAAAGCUGGCCGUCGUGCCCAAAGAGAAGACCAAGAAGACGCGGUAG